GAAAAAAUAUGAAAUGAAAGACGAUGGGUUUUAAGAAAAAUAUGAAUUGAAAGACUACGGGUUUUUUGUAUAGUCCAGCAACAUAGAACACAGCUCUCAAACCGUUUUGAUGAUUUAAAAUGAGCUCCAAGCAAAAAUAAAAAUAAAAAUCCACCUGAACAUUUGUAUUCGACAGUUUGGCCAGUCUUAACAGAAGAGGUGAAACGGAAAGCUAGGACUUGUCAACAAUUUCGAUGGACGAUUCACAGUCAAUUGUCACGGCAUUACGGAGGGAUCUGAAUUGUUUGGCGGAUUCUGAUCGAAGCACAAGAAGAAGAGCACUAGAGAGGCUGCAAAAGCAGCUGCUUCAGGGUGAAAUAAACCAUUCUUCAACUUAUGUGGCAGACCUCCAGGUUGCAUGGGAUGACACCAUUCUCAAGAAUAUCUUGAAAGCUCUCAAUGACAGUGUUGAAAAGUGCAGGGAGCUCUCGAUUCUCAUCAUAAAUGGAGUCGUGUGCAGGAUUCAACAAGUCGAUGAAACAGUGGCAUUGGUAAUACCAUUAAUAGCACAAAGAAUGGGUCAUCUUCCACUAAUUGAGAGUUCAGAAGAGAUCCGUCUACAAAUGAUGAAUUUUAUUUGCAGCGGAUGCAUAAAGCGAUGCUCAGAAAACACACUCAAACUUGUGGCACAAGAGCUUACUCAGGUCCUGUGCAUAUCCCUUGGAGAUCAGUUUCAUGAAAUUAAAAAGGGAGCAUCCAGGGCAAUUGUCAUGCUCAUGGAACAUUCAAAUGGGAUAUUUAGUGAAAUGUUAGAGGAACUGCUGAGAGCACUCCUACCAAACAUUGGCCAUACACAUUCUAAGGUAAGAAUAGCGACACUUGAGGCUAUCAAUUCUGUUGUGCUAUGUGGAUUGCCAGCUGGAAUGGUUGCAGAGUUAUUGGUUCCUUCUAUAAAGGCUUUAGCAUUGGAUCGAACAAUAGGAGUGCGUGAGCUAUUUUUUGCAUAUAUUGCAGGAUGGCUUGGUUAUGCAUUUGAUAUCAAUGACACAGGAAAUCGACAAUGCCUUAAUGAUGCAUUAGAUCCUAGGACCUAUGCUCCCCAGCUGCUGCCAUUGCUAUUACUAGGUCUUUCAGAUGAGUCUACUGAUGUAGCAGAAAAAACGCUUCACCUGGUGGAAGGUGUUGGAGAACUGUACAUGAAGUUUCAGUGCUCUGGUGAAACUGACAUUGGAAAGAUGGUGAAUAAAGAAGCUUUUGGGACUCGCAUAGAAAGCUGCAUUGAUAGUGCUGAUGUGCUAGCAGGGAAUCAUCAGAUGGAGGAAUGCGCUGGGAGUCAUCCUCAACAUGGUUCUGUUGGAUUUGAGUUACCUCCACCAUAUAAGGGAAGGCCUGGCAAAGGUUGCUGUAUGAUGGUUCAGGCAUGUCUUGGAGAGUUGAUUAAUCCCGUGCAGAAGGAUCUUAUACAAUGGACUUCUAAUGUUCGUCUAGGUGCUGCUCGCAUAUUGUACGCAUUGCUGAUUCUAGGAGAAGAGAAGGUGGUAGAGUAUCUAGACACUUUAGUGCCUUGUCUUUGCAGUGCUGUCAGCGAUGAUGAUAUAGCUGUUGCACAACAUGCCAUUAAUGCUUUACAUGUUUUGGGGUGUCAUGUUCUGCCUGAUUACUGGCUGGCACUGGUGCUAGAUCAAGUAAUAACUUCACAGAUGUCACAGGCACAGGUAGCCAAUGGUCUGCUUGUACUCGCGGGCCUACUAUAUGGAACACCUAGUCAUGCUGUGAAGGAAAGCACUGUUAUGAAGGUAACAAAACAGCUCUAUGGUGCAAACUUGGGAUUCAGUGAUUAUCCUGCAAUAAGACAGCAGUUACUUGCAGUAUUGGAAAAUCUGAUAGAAAAAGGAGGAGUAUUAUGCCAGUCUUCUUCUUUGGAAAUAUCUCUACUCUUGCUUCAGCUUCAGUGUUUGGAGGGUGAUAGUAAAACACAUCAGCUUGCUAUCACAAUGGUUAAUAAUUUUGCACGUGUUAUUGGACUAAAUUCUGGAAAAGACUUAUAUGCAAAGCAUAUGGAGUCAAUAAUUGGAGUUAUUAUAAGUGGGUAUUCUGAGUGGACUGGAACUUCAUCUGGAGCCUUUCUUUUUCAAACAUUUCUUGAGAGUGCUGGAAGUUGUGUAGGUUGUUAUUUGGAGACAUUGCUUCCUGUGUUUACUGAUUGCUUGAAUGCAGAGAGGGAUCCUGUUCUUCGUUUAAGGAUUUUACCAUUAUUGGACAAAUUGUUUGAGAUGGAUGAAUUGGGCAUUUGGUGGCAACCUCUAGCAUUGCAUAUUAUUGGUGGGAUACUAUUGCCAUGUUCAGCAUGGCACAUUGGAAAGGUUGCAGCAGAAAUUCGGCAUGCAGCAAUGGCUGCACUUGGAACCUUUUUGGGACGGGAUCUUUGCAGACAGGAAAAUUUAGGAACUUUAUUGCACUCCCAACAACUGCUUUCCAUUGUGACAUUUUGCUUAGAAGAAGAUUAUUACACCGACACACGUCGUGUCAGUUGCAAUGUUAUUGAGCACAUUCUUCGAAUUGUGGGCUUUGAGUUCAAUGAUGAACAGAUAGUAACAGCAAGUAAAUCAUUGCUGAAGCGGUUAGAUGACAGCAAUGACACUGUCCGUUUAGCAAUAUUACCUGCAAUUUCAGAGUUCCUUAUUGUAGCAUCAUUACCAAAUAGAAAUUUUGAUAUAAAAGGUUUUCUCAGCAAUCUCAUACUUCAUAUGGAGGAUCUAAACGAGAAAAUUCAGGUCUUGAAUGGGGACAUGACACACCUGAUUGAGGAAGUUGAUCAACCCUCACAUCUGAAAGAUUCCAGUGGUGUAUCAAGCAAAUCUAUGAAGGAGUGUACGAAGUAAUAAAAGAGUAUGCAUCUCAAAAGCCAGAAAUUGUAUUUGAAGUGGGAAAAAGAGCUCAGGAGCGCCAUCAGAAUAUAAAAUGUUAUGAUCAAUUGUUGCAGUUUACAGCUUCAAAGAUGGGUUGAGUUAUAAAAUAGGAGAGAGCCUCAUACUUUUCUUCUCCAAUUGAAGGAUAUUAAUGGAGCAUCUUGUAAGUCUUUGAGUGGUCUUAAAAUUAGAAAGAUCACCUUUGCUAUUUGGUGUAAUUAUGUUCUUAUUUAAAAUUGAUGCGAGUGUUUUCAAAGAAUCAUUGUUGGCUACUUCAUUUGUGGGGACCAGGUUCUGUCAGCGAGCAGUACUGUAUAGUAUGUGGAUCAUCCAACUUAGCAAGAUUUGUACUUUAAAAAGAGAUACUUUGCAGUGUUUCUUACCUAUGAAUCAAUCUAAUCUGAAACAAAGAAAGAAAGUGCCUGCCAGCUAAGCUGCCAUUGUCAUAGCACCAUGCUUUUGAGUUUGCAAGAGUUAAUGAUUCAAACUGCUUCCAGCAUAUAUUGAAGCAGGCUUAUGAGUAGGCUAUUUUAAAAUGCAAAAUGAUCAGGCCAUACAAGAAUAUUGCUGGUAAAUUUUGCAUAUUUUACUGUGAACACAUCUUACAUCUAGUGGCUACUAGGACCACAAAAGUUAAUUUUCCACUCGUUGCUGCCAAGUGCAAUAAGAACAGAAUACCACAAUAUUAUAUUAAUUUUUCCAUUCAA